AUGCUCCUCGGUUUGCUUCCUGCUGGCUUGGAAGAAGUCUUCAUCCAAGGUUUCAUCGAGCUGAACAUGAAGCCAACUGUCGUCUUUCUGGCACCAACCUACCAGACAGACUAUAUUUUUGUACUCUGCUUCCUGCUAAGCCAUCAUGGAAGCCAGACAAUACAGCUCGGCCUUAGGUCCUCACGAUUCUUUGAUGAUUUUCUUCUAGAAAUGCAAAAGCUAUCCUCCCCUUGUAAUACCAAAGUACAACCAAAAGGAUUUGGUCAAGCACAUGCAUGCUACUACAAGGAGGGGCAUACUAUGUAA